AGAUAACCUCCGUUUGGUUUUAUUUCUACCCGCUUAAAGUCUAUUUUGCCUUCACUGUCCCUAAACCUCAAUGCUUUGAAAAAAUCAGCCCCGUUGCUUUCCGCAACAUACGUUGUAUAUGUUACUCUAUGGCUGAAGCACAGAGCUAGCCACAGCGGACGGGCGUGCGUCUGCUCCUGUGGACCUCGCGUGGGCCAAAUCACCCCACGAACCAAUACUGUGGCAUACAGUUGGCUUAUUUGUAGUAGUUUUUGUAUUAGAAUCCAGGUAGAAUCGGCAGAGACAGUCGCAAGGAGAUAUAGCAGGAAAGUUGUGACGGCUCGUUCGUGGUUCUGUCUGCCGGUACAGUAGCCGCGCGCUCAGCCGACCUGUCGCGUGGCCUGCCGAGUAUAAUACACGAACGUAUGCUUUCGCCUUUCCUUGUCACCGCGGAUAGUGUGUUGUGAGGGACCCGUAGCGAGUUCAGUCGCCGUAAUUCGUGCUCUGUCUACAUAUUGCUUCAAGUAUAAACGUCAGCGGCAAAUAUGGUUGACCUGGUGGAAAGCAUUCUGAAGCACGUCGCCGAGCAUGGGGCUUGCGACUCUCUGAAACUGGCCCGUGUAAUGGACGUGGAUCAUCAGAAAGUGGUCGGUGCCAUCAAGAGCAUCCAGGCCUUCGGAGACGUUCUGCAGGUGGAGCAGCAAAGCGGUGAGCACUGGGAGCUCACUGCAGAGGGAACCGACGUGUGCCAGCAGGGCAGCCCCGAGGGUCGCCUAGUGCGCCAGCUGGGGCCUGAGGGCGUGCCACGGGCAUUACUAGGGCGGGGCGACCAGCUUGGCCUGAGCAAGGCCUUAGCCCUAGGCUGGGUGCAGCUGGACAAGGAGCACGGCACGGUGCGCCCAUCCUAUCCACAGCCACCACCAGAUGUGGUGCAGGCCAGCCUCUGCCAGGUGCGCGACGGCCAGGCCCACCUGUUGGGUGAUGCCCAGCGGCAAGAGCUCAAGCGCCGGAAGCUGCUGCGCCAGGUGGUGGUCAAGAGCUACCAGCUGCAACGGGGCAAGCACUUCACCACCCAACUGAGCAAGCCUGAGACAGACCUGACAGCUGAGCUGUUGGCCAGUGGUGAGUGGCGGCAACGACCCUUCAAGGCGUACAAUUUUGCCGCCCUGGGCCAGCCAACUGAGGGUGGGCACCUGCACCCCCUGCUUCAGGUACGCUCGGAGGUUCGUCAGGUCUUCUUGGAGAUGGGCUUCACAGAGAUGUCGACAGCACGCUAUGUGGAGAAUGCCUUCUGGAACUUUGACGCCCUCUUCCAGCCACAGCAGCAUCCAGCAAGAGAUGCCCACGACACCUUCUUUUUGAAGGAACCCAGCGAGUGCCAUAGGCUGCCGGCAUCACCGUACGUGGAGGCUGUCAAGCGGGUGCACUCAGUGGGUGGCCAUGGGUCGCAGGGCUACCAGAGCCCGUGGCUAGAAAGCGAGGCACGCAAGAACCUGUUGCGUACACACACGACAGCCGUGAGUGCACGCAUGCUGUAUGCACUCGCCCAGCAGCACCCCUUUGUGCCCUGCAAGCUGUUCAGCAUUGAUCGGGUGUUCCGUAAUGAGACACUGGACGCUACACACCUGGCUGAGUUCUGCCAAGUCGAGGGCCUCGUGGCCGACCGGGGCUUGACGCUGGGCCACCUGCAAGCACUGAUUGGGGGCUUCUUUGCGCAACUUGGCAUGGAGCGGGUGCGCUUCAAGCCAGCCUACAACCCAUACACAGAGCCCUCCAUGGAGAUCUUUGCCUUCCACCCUGGCCUCGGUCGCUGGGUCGAGGUGGGUAACUCGGGUCUUUUCCGGCCAGAAAUGCUGCAACCCAUGGGGCUACCGCCUGACGUUCGUUGCAUUGCCUGGGGGCUGUCCCUCGAGAGGCCAACCAUGAUCAAGUGUGGACUGAACAACAUCCGGGACCUGGUUGGGCCCCGUGUUGACUUGGACAUGGUGCAACGCAGCCCACUCUGCAGAUUCGUACACUGAGCACAGGUGUCAGGUUGUCGCACUGAGCCAGCUCUUUCCAGCCAGUGACAGUUCCGGACCGCACAUUCAGUGCAGUCGCUGGCAACAACCUCGCUUCACAAGGCUGCGUAAAGAUUUGCCAUUUUAUUUAGCACCAAGGAGUCUUGAUGGAAUUGCAUAAAACAGGUUGAUAUUUUCCA